AUGCUAUGUGACAAAUCAUCGUUCACAGCGAGCUUCGUCGAAAUUUACAAUGAGACCCUGAGGGACCUUGUGUUCACCGGCAAGUCCAGCAAGAGACCUGAGCAUGAGAUCCGCAAGACAGCCAGCAACGAAUUGACAAUCACUAAUCUCACCUAUGAGCGGGUCUCCAAUGAGGAUCAGGUUCUCCGUCUGAUUGCUUUGGCCAAUCAGAAUCGCUCCACUGCCCAGACAGCCCAGAAUGACCGCUCGUCUCGCUCCCACUCAGUCUUCCAGCUGGAUAUUGAGGGAGUUAAUGCCGGCAGGGAUGUCAAGUGCAAAUCCACUCUGUGCCUGGUGGACUUGGCUGGCAGUGAGCGAAUGGUGAAGAGCCAGUCUCAGGGUGACCGUUUCAAAGAGAUGACCGCCAUCAACAGCUCACUGUCCAACCUGGGCGUCGUUAUCGCCGCUCUGGCCAAAAAGGAGACUUACGUAGCUUACAGGAACUCGAAGCUCACGUACCUCCUUCAGGGAUGUUUGGGGGGGAAACGGCAAAACCUUGAUGUUUGUUAACAUUGCUCCGGAGCCCGACAGCUUUGGGGAAACUCUGAACUCAUUGAGGUUUGCCAGCAAGGUGAACGACUGCGUCAUCAGGACAGCGACUGCCAACAAAAAGUAGAAUUAU